AUUAAACAGAGGAAUAAAGUUGAGCAAGGAUGCGCAGAAAACUAGAAGAGAACUCUGUACAGACUCACAUUUUCUCAUUUCUUUUGUUUUCUUUCCUUCUUCUAUUUUGUCCUUGUUUGUUUCUUCAAAGCUUGAAUACCCAUCUCAUCGAUGACGGAGCUGCCUAUGAUCUCAAAAACCCAUUGUAUAUUCACUUUCCAACAGUGCAAAACCGCUUUCUUUGGACCCCAUUUCUUAGUUUGCUUCUGUCGUUUUCGUAUUUGUGAAUUGAAGACGAGGUGGGGGUUCUGAUUCUUGAAGAAACUCACGAGACUUACAUGGAUGAAGCAGGCCAACUCGUCGGCGUGAUCAGUGAUUGAGGCGAGAACGCUGCUGUGGUUCCUGAGAGAGGAAAUGGACGGUUUGGAUCGAAUCGGGAGGUGGAGGAGUAUAAAGCGACGGCUGGGAUUUAAGAAGAUGAGCUGCUGCGGCGCGUCCUGGGGUUUCAGGCCGUCGACGAUGACCGUGAGAGAGGAUGACAAUGACGACGACGAUGGAGUCCAAGCCCAAGCCCAAGCGCAGUCCAUGGCUCAGGCCCAAGAGGAAGUGGGUCAGGCCUCGCCGGGGAUCAGUCCGGACCGGGGCUGCGUGGGCGAAGCUCCGGUGUCGCCGAGGAUGAACCUGGCGACGGCGCUGGCGGCCGAGCGGCAAAUGAGGGCGGCGCAGGACGUGGCUACCGUGGCGGUGGGGCCCACGAAUGGUGGGACAAGUGAGGGUGCACCUGGGACGCCGCUGAGGGUGUCGCUGCUGAGACUGCUGGAGGAAUCGGACGGUGGGGAUGGGGAGAUGGAGAAGGAGAGAGGAGCGGGGAGUGAUCAACUGUGCUGCGUGUGCAUGGGAAGAAAGAAAGGCGCAGCUUUCAUACCAUGUGGUCACACCUUUUGCAGGGUGUGUUCGAGGGAGCUGUGGUUGAACCGAGGCUCUUGUCCCCUCUGCAACCGUUCGAUUCUCGAGAUUCUGGACAUAUUCUGAGCCGUCAGAUCAACCGCCUCGGGAUCCGACGGUUGAUGGGUGGACUCAAGGAGGGAAAUUUUUUCAAAAGGGUGAUUCAAUUUUCGAUGUUACGAGGAUUUAUUUGUAAUUUGAUGAUUUUAUUGCGACUUCAAAUUUGUCUAUUUUUGUGAAUUUCCA